GGCGGGUGGAAGUAGCGCGCAUGCUCGCGCGGCCGAACUCCCUCUCAGUAAUAAGACACACAGACACACACUCUAACACAGUGAGAAAGAGAGAGAGAGGGAGGGGGGAGUGUGUGUGUGUGUGUACAAUGUCCGCCAUCGGCGGGGGUUCUGGCUCCACUCUCCCAGUAAACAGCCGCAGCGACUCUGCUGUUUGUGCGGAGCGGCUGUGAGGGCUGUGGCUCUCCGCCUGCCCCCCCCCCCCUCCCACCCCCGUCCCCUGCUCCACUCUGCUCCUCUCCCAGUGAGUGAGGAUGGCCGCCUCGGCUGCCGCUGUUCAGGUUAAGCUGGAGCUAGGCCAUCGGGCCCAGGUUCGCAAGAAACGCACGGUUGAAGGUUUCACCCACGACUGGAUGGUGUUUGUCAGGGGGCCAGAGCACAGCAACAUUCAGCACUUUGUGGAGAAAGUCGUCUUUCACUUGCACGACAGCUUUCCCAGACCCAAGCGGGUGUGCAAGGAUCCACCAUACAAAGUGGAAGAGUCGGGGUAUGCUGGUUUUAUAAUGCCGAUUGAAGUGUAUUUCAGAAACAAGGAAGAGCCCAAGAAGGUACGCUUUGAUUAUGACUUAUUCUUGCAUCUUGAGGGACAUCCACCUGUAAAUCAUCUCCGUUGUGAAAAACUCACCUUCAACAAUCCAACUGAAGAAUUCCGUCGAAAAUUGCUGAAAGCAGGAGGGGAUCCAAAUAAGAGCAGCUCUAACAGUUUCUCGAAGUCCCACAAACCCAUGAAAGAGCACAAAGACAAACCAUCUAAAGACUCAAAAGAGCACAAAAGUGCCUUCAAAGAACUUUCCAGGGAACACAGUAAAACUUCCAAAGAGUCCUCAAAGAAACCCAAAGAAAACAAACCACUAAAAGAUGAGAAAACUGUUCCUAAGACGGCAUUUAAGGAACCAAAACCAAUGUCAAAGGAGCCAAAAUCAUUGGAAAAUAGUGUGGUAAGUGGAAGUGGAGGCAUUCAGCAGGAUGUUAAGACUCUGAUGAAGCGGCCCGCUAAUACAGACACUGAUGAACUUAUAGCUAAGAAGAAAAAGAAAAGCAGCUCUGAAUUUUUGUUUAGAAGCUUUUCCAGUGCUUCUCCACAGCCACUUUCUUCUGAAAAGAAACUCAAUAAGGACAGACCUCAAGUUAAGAUGACAAAAAUCAAAAUAGAAAGUGAAGUGAUAGAGAAAAAGAAGCCAAAUUUACCACCAUUUGAAGAUAUUGUCGAUCCAGAUGACUCUGCAGGAGACGAUGAUACGUCUUCUAAAUCUGAGUCUCAACAGCCAAGUCCUGCUGGUUCUAGUUCCAGUUCAAGUUUUACACCAUCUCAAAACAAUAGACAAGGUCCUCUGAGAUCUAUAAUGGAAGAUCUCCAUUCUGAAGACAAUGAAUCAGACGAAGAUGAAAAUGGAAAUGUGUCUGAUGUAGAGAUAUCACUAAAUACUCACUGUGGAAGCAGAGGACACAGAAUGAGCUUGAGUGAUGGAAGUGACAGUGAGAACAGUGGCAGCUCUACCCCACCCAGAAAUGAAGCACCUCCAAUACUAAAAGCCAGCAACAGCAAUAACCAGGUGUUAGAAGUCAAAAGCCCAUUAAAGCAAAGCAAACCUGAGAAAGCAAUAAAGAAUGGUGAAUAUGACAAGGCAUAUCUGGAUGAGUUGGUUGAACUUCAUAGAAGGCUUAUGACACUUCGUGAACGGCAUAUACUACAACAGAUUGUUAAUCUAAUAGAAGAGACUGGACAUUUUCACAUCACAAACACAACGUUUGAUUUUGACCUUUGCUCACUGGAUAAAACCACAGUUCGCAAACUGCAGAGUUACCUGGAAACUUCGGGAGCUUCCUGAGGGGAAAAAAUGAAACCCGCAGCCAGAAGCUGGAGACUAGAACUUUCAGUGAUGCAGCCCAUGUGACUAGCCCUAUAGAGCGACUUACUGCAGCUUUUUUUUCCAGCCAGACAUGCUUCUCGACCCUUAACAUGUUGUAGGGGUGAGUAAAUGCAGAGAGAUUCGACAGAUCCUGAUCAGCCUGACGAAAGCGCUAGGAAUGUUGGACUGUGAGAUCCAUCAUCUCCUUUACCUUCCAUCCCUGGAUACUUGCUCUUUACGUAUCUGUGUGGUGUCCAAGUUCACAUGGCAAAUGAUGCAUGUGCAACACUGCCUUAGUACACAACUGAUCUAUUUAUUGAAGUAAACUGAAAAAUAUUCUUGGAUCUUUGGAACAACACUACCAGACAUUGAGCACUCGGUUCACAUUUAUGACCAUGGCUUGUGAAUGCAGUAGGAGUCAUUCACCAGAUGAAUUUAUCUACUGGUGAAUUUAUCUACACUUUUAAUUUUCUUUUGUAAACUAGCUGCGAUAGUAGGGACACUAUAUGUGACUACACAAAAUGUAGCCUUAGUAAUUGAAAACUGUAGUGCUUUAAAAUCUAUUGUGCACUGUUCUUUGAAAUGUUACCAGCUUUCUUUUAAUUAGUGAUCAAUCAGGAUGAAUUUUAUCUGCAUAAUCUGACAAACAGAUUUUCUCUUUUCUGGAUUGAUUCAGACUUUAAUCGGGAAUAGGAUUUUUUUGGUGAGUGUAAUUUUCCUCAACUUUCUCAUGUCCGCUGCAUCUUUGUUCUUGCACACUUUGGUCACCCAUAAGUAAAACUGCGUCUCCUGUUUUGUUCACAUUGGUUCUCUGGUACAAACCUGUCUGCACCCUCUUGUUGCUUAAUCCCACGGUCAUACAGGCUCACACAACCAACUGAUGGCGUACGGAAGAGAGCUCUUACCAACCAGACUGGUUGAUCACUAGUUUAAAGCUUCUGGCAUUUCAGAUGUAUUUAAAUUUUUUUUAAUAAGAAGACUCUAUGUGGGAUUGUCUGAAAUAUUCUGUUGCCAAUUUUCUGUAAGUUUGUUGUAGAAAAUUCUUGAUUUGGGAUUAAUUAUUUAUUUGAAAUGCACCCUUCACUGCCAAGUCUGUUUUUGCUGUCUUUACCAUUCUGGUAAGGUGUCCAAGCAUUUCUGUCCAUCCUUUUGGAUAGGUUUUUCUUUAAUAAUACAUUGCUUCAGAGGAGUCUUUUUUGAGGAGACCUUAACUGUUAUUUUCAGUCCAAAGAGGGGAUGAGUUUUUAGUACUUUUUUUUAUUACCGAAGAUUCAGAAGUCGCUUCCAGCAGAACAAGUGUACUUUCCAAUGAUAAUGAGGUUCAAAUAAGUCAUUGUGUCCAUUACUUGAAAUGUUACCUUGUUAGUAUACUUUUAAUGUGCAAUUCAUAUCAGAAGAAAUGGACUUUUUUUUAAAUAAGAAAUAGGGGAAAAGAAAACUUGAUUUCAUGUAUGUAAUGUUCAGUGUAUGUUUUCAGUUGCCAUUACAAUUUGAUUUUUGUUGUGUACAUGGUAAAACCCACAAGUUCUUUCUAGGAGAAGAAAAAUCUCUACCAAUCCUCAGAGGUUUAACUUGGUACUUUGAGUCCCCUUUAAUUUAAUGUAGUUGUUUGGUCCAUCUUAAUUGUUGUGGCUAAAUUAUGUGGUACAGCUCCUUUAAAUUUUUAAAAGCUAUUUUACUAAAUUUGAAUGCGACUCAGUCCUUUUGAUUCCAUCCAAUGCAUUCUUUAUUUGAAUAUACUCUGAACAUCCAGAUGUUAAAAGGCAAUGCAGUGAAAACAGUUGCCUUUUUUAGUAGGACUGGCUUAGGGAAAGAGGGUUGGUUUCAUUGCGUGCUUCGAAGGGAAAAUAUAUGGUAUUAGAACAUUAAUGGUUUAAACCAAAUAUGUUUCUUUGUAAUCAAAUCAGGAUGGAAAUGAAUUGGUCUAUGGUACUGCUCAAAUGUGGGACACCAGUCUUAAAUCUUUUUUGCAAAAGGCAUGUACAUGAAGUAAACUUAACAUUUCAGCUUGAAUCUUGAGCAAAACAUGUUACAAUGUUGAGUCUCCCACUAUAUUUAAUUAGAACAAGUGUCACACUCCCAAAACAAUUUUUUGCAUUAUCUUUUCCAUCACUUUUUUGUAUUUAGAGUACAAAAUAAAUCCUCUUUUCCAAAUAACUGACAAUUGUGUAUAUACUUUCUGUAGUUGAAUGGUAAUGUUUCCUCUGAGGUAUCUAUUUGUUUGGGCUAUGUGCCAGUCAUCUCUGUAGCUAUAUUAGAUUGUGACU